UGUUUUGCCCGCCCACCCCUGGCUUAAGGGAUACGUUUCACCAUUGAAAUGGAUGGGGAAUACUUUAAGGUUAAACCUGGGUUUACAACUUCGUUCAAAGAAGAAAUUGGAAAAUGAGUUGAUUUAUUUUAUAACGGAAACGCAUGAGGAACAUGACACCUCAACUGAAAACGCAGAUGAUUCUAACCAUGAUCCUCAAUUUGAGCCCAUAGUUUCCCUUCCUGAACAAGAGAUCAAGACCCUUGAGGAGGAUGAGGAAGAACUCUUUAAGAUGCGAGCAAAGCUGUUUCGAUUUGCAUCAGAAAAUGAUCUUCCAGAGUGGAAAGAACGAGGAACCGGGGAUGUGAAACUCCUGAAGCACAGGGAGAAGGGAACAAUUCGCCUUCUCAUGAGGAGAGAUAAAACCCUAAAAAUCUGUGCAAAUCAUUAUAUUACACCUUUAAUGGAACUGAAGCCUAAUGCUGGAAGUGACAGGGCAUGGGUCUGGAACACACAUGCUGACUUUGCAGAUGAAAGCCCUAAACCUGAACUUUUGGCAAUCCGGUUCCUAAAUGCAGAAAAUGCACAGAAAUUCAAGGCAAAAUUUGAAGAAUGCAGGAAUGAGGUAGACAAGAAAGCAAAGAAGGCAGGCACAGAGAAAAAUGAUAGUGCUGACAAAGUUGCUGAGAAAUUAGAAGAGCUUUCUGUAAAGGAAGAGAGCAAAAAAUGUGAGAAGAAAGAAGAGACCAAGGAAAAAACUGAAGAAAAGCAAUAAAUCAUCUUGGGCCUUGUGUUUUUUCCUUAAUUUUUUUAAUUUUUACAAGGGACUUUAUAAAGAACUGAAUUCCAACAUUCAGGUUGUUUUUUCUAAGCUUUUGCCCUUUUGAAGAUGUCUUCAGAAAAUCCAUUCCCCAGUCAUGAAAAUGUACUGUGCUAACUUUCUUUUCCAUAGUGGAAACACUUAUUUAUAGUCAUCCAAAAGAGUGAAUAAAACAAAUUUGAAAACAGCAUCAAAGGACAGAACUGAGUUUUCUAUACACUUCAAACACUUGUGACUAUAAUUCUUGCACUUGGUGUUUACAUAUUUGAGGGUGCAUAUCUUCAUAUAAGUGAUGUAAUCAGAUUAGAUUAAGUGCAUUUUAAUCCUUCCUGUUGGUAAAAUUAUGCAGACAUUUCUUGUAUGUUAUGUUAAAUUAGUAGACUUAAGCAGGCCUCUUACACCAGUUUUGGGUGUUUGCGUUUGCUGAUUGAGGAUUGUUCCUGCUUGAUGAGGUACAUACAGUUUUCUUUAGCAGACCAGUAUACCGUUUGCUUCCUACAAGGCUGUAGUGCCACAUAAUUCUGGAUGGUAGAAUUUAUAAUACUCCUGGCACAACUCCACUGAUAUGAUGACCACUUAUGGCAGACAGUAGUGGAAAAAGACAUCCUUUGACCUAUCAUGGAUGUAAUUUAAUAGUCACAUAUAGGUUCUUUCAUUACAAAAAGAUAAGUAGGAAGCUGCUUCUUUUUAAGUCUUCAUGACUUUCAAAAGCUCUUUUAACCAUGCUAAAGGAUCAAGAGUGCUGUUUGCGUUAGAAAAAAAAAUAUAAAACCUACUUAUAUUGUAGAUAGGACCAUAGAUCACUCAUGAUGUGCCAUUCACUGACUCUUAAGGACCAUCUGUUUACCAGAGAUAGUAAGGUUUUUGUUUUUUUGUUUUGUUUUUAUAUCUACUUAAUGUUAGGGAUGAAUCUAACCUUGUUAGACAACAUGCCAUGGAGCUCCUCAAAUCAGAGCUUCCCAUGGUUUUUUUUUUGCUGUGUGCCCCACCACCACCAUGUGAGUGGCAUAAAAGGGUCCCUUAAUCCUGCCCAUCCAGGGCAGAAAGUGACUCAUUGAGACAAGCAGAUGGCAGGACCUAGCUGGGCCUCCCUGGAGAAGUAUGUAGCCUCCCUUUCAUUCCUGCAGGGUUUAAAAUAGACAGGGCUAUGGCUUUCUGGUAGAGUGGAGGGCCACAAAUGAGAAUGCUUAGGAAGACUGCAGUAGUCAGUGAAGUGUGGGAAAGCAGCAGGCUAUGGGUGGGGUUGCAUGUGCUCUCUUGCCCCAAGCCUCCCUGUAUGUUCUCCCUAGCCUGGACACCCGGAGCCCCUCACCCCAACUCAUACACCCCAGAUAACCUCCCACAGUUUGAAAUACAAUAGUGUAAGCAAUACACUCCAACAAUCACUUUCUAAAUUUGGCACUGAUGUGUUCAGAACUAGCAAUCACUUUACCAGAAUUUGUGGGGUUAUAAAAUACUUGCAUUUUAGAAAAAUAUGAGGAGGUACUAAUACUACUACAAAAAUAUUAAACCUAUAAUUUGAAUAUGCAAGAUGAAAUAUAAUGUUAAUAUGCUCCUAAAAUGGGAAUAAGUAUUAUGGGUCAAGCUGGUCCUUUAACAGUGGUUAUUAGCAAUGGAUCUACUUCGUUUCUAACUACUGCUAGAGUUUUGGAAGACUUAAACCAGGAUAGAAAACAACGAAAAGCCUUUACAUUCAGUAAAUGUCUUGUUAGUUUUUUGGUGGACAAUUUCGUUGUACAAAGAUUAACACAACUAUCAGUAAAACAAUUAUUUAAAAAUAAACUCAGUCUAGUCUUUCUAAACUGUAAAGGUGUAAUGACCAAUAAUACCUAAAAGAGGGAACUGAAUGUUGAUAGAAGCCUGCUGAAAGCCUGCUGACUUCCUCCAUUUAUGAAAUUUAAAUUCUCUAAGACAAGACAAACUACAUGGGAAAAUGAGCAUUAAAUAUGCUUUAAAUUUGUGUAAAUACCUUUUUGAUGUUAUAGUAAGUUGAUCAAAUCUGGAACUAUAAAGAAGGUACUCCAUUUUAUAUUAAAGGCAAAAAAUAAACUUUUGGCAUGAGCAAAGUUCAUUUCUCUUCCCCUAUUACUAGCACAGCAGAUUUUCACAAGUACUGUCUGGUGUGGGAUUUGCCCCUUCCAAACACCAGAUACAUAAAUCAAAUGUUUUAGAACUAUAAAGCUCCUAGGGAAUAAAACAAAUACCUCAGCUGUCUCCUCCAUAAGGGAUCUCAGCAGCAUGAUGUGUUUGAUAUGUGUUUUUGAUUUAAGAUAGUAUUGUAUGUUUCCAAAUACUUAAUUUUACUGCCAUCUGAAUGUAAAAAGCCAAAAUGUUAUGUAUUCGUGAAAGCCACCGUCGAUUUAAAUGGAAGCUGACAAGCAAUGUUUUUAAACUUGUUAAAGGGGAGGUGAAGUUUACAAAUCUAAUUUCAAAAUAAACUAUGCGUUAAAUUUUUUCAUUUAAAA